AUGCAAUGCCGUUCGAAGUGGUGUGGAUGCUCUCCAGCAGGUGGACGCCAACGUCACAGAACUUUGUCGUUCCGGAGUGGCGUACGGAGUAACGACACAGGGGCUGCAGAACCUCACUGUUGGAUGGCGCCUACGUUUCGGCCGCAAAUGGCAUUCGUUACGCGAAAUAUAUCAGAUAGUCGCAACUCUAUAUUAACCACACGGACAGGUUCACGGGGCAUACGAACUACACAGGUGAACCGAAGGUCCCGAGUCGUCUGCUGCUUUGGCUUAGGACGGCCAAGUUUACGAAGUUGUUCCCUUCAUCCCGGAACAUGUCGAGGCUCCAAUUUCUGCGAGCAGCUCGGUGAAGUCUCCGAUUGCACUGAGCCGGUUCUGUGUCCCUUGCGUUGA